CAAUCCGUACAACCGGAAGUAAAUGUAACGUGCAUGGCGGACAAAGUAUAUAAAACGUCCUGAGUGUUUUAUUUAUUUAGAAUUUUAUCAUAUUAUUCAUAUUUCGAAGAUUAUCCAGUCAUGGCACUCACAGAGGAUGUUCAGAAACAUUCAGUUCACACGCUGGUUUUCAGAUCAUUGAAGAGAACACAUGAUAUGUUCAUAUCAGAUCAAGGCAGUUUACCUUGUAAAGAUGACAAAAGUGAAACAAUAAAGAGGAUGAGUAAAGUUCGUGAUGAAUAUGGACCUGUAUUAGACAUGCCCAAACAGUCCACAACAAAACAAUCUAAAGCAAUUGAUAAUCAGUGGAACGGUACUGGAGGAGAAAACAAUACCAGUAGAGGAAUGGAAAUAACGCCAUAUGAACAAACAAGACCAGGAGGGCAAACAACAGAGAGAAGUCAGGCAUCCAAGGCUCUGGUAUCUGUAACAGUUGGUCAACAACAGAUGUUAGUACCUCGUAAAGCACAAACUAUGCCUAGACCUAACUGGCAUCCACCAUGGAAAUUAUACAGGGUUAUAAGUGGACAUCUUGGUUGGGUGAGGUGUAUAGCAGUAGAACCAGCCAAUCAAUGGUUUGUAACAGGAGCGGGUGACAGAGUUAUAAAGAUCUGGGAUUUAGCGUCUGGUACGUUAAAGUUAUCUUUGACCGGACAUAUUAGUACAGUACGAGGUGUGGCGGUCAGCACUCGUAAUCCUUAUUUAUUCUCAUGUGGUGAAGAUAAACAAGUUAAAUGUUGGGAUCUCGAAUAUAACAAGGUUAUCCGUCAUUUUCACGGUCAUCUGAGUGCUGUACAUUCUCUAGAUAUACAUCCAAAUAUAGACAUAUUAGCUAGUGCUGGUCGUGAUGCUUCAGUUAGGAUAUGGGAUAUAAGAACUAAGGCAUGUGUACACACAAUGUCAGGACAUCAGAAUACGGUAGCUGUAGUUAAAUGUCAGAGUGCCGAACCUCAAGUUAUAUCUGGAAGUCAUGACUGUACCAUCAGACUUUGGGAUUUAGCGGCAGGUAGAACGAGAGUCACAUUAACCAAUCACAAAAAGAGUGUUCGAGCUGCUGCACUACAUCCAGCCCAAUAUAGUUUUGCUACUGCUUCACCAGAUAAUAUCAAACAAUGGAAAUUCCCUGAGGGUAACUUUUUACAGAAUUUAACUGGUCAUAAUGCCAUUAUAAACAGCCUGGCUCUCAAUUCAGAUGGUGUUUUAGUUUCAGGAGCCGAUAAUGGCACAAUGCAUUUCUGGGAUUGGAGAACUGGAUAUAACUUCCAGAGAUUACAAGGAAUGGCUCAACCCGGGUCUAUUGACUCUGAAGCUGGGAUAUUUGCUCUUUCUUUUGAUCACAGUGGUAGUCGUUUAAUAACAGGUGAAGCAGAUAAAACAAUUAAAAUAUACAAAGAAGAUGAGACAGCUACUGAAGAGACCCAUCCUGUCAACUGGAGGGCUGAUAUUUUGAAGAAAAAGAGAUAUUAAUUCUUUCAUUGCUUCAUCAUUACCAAAUGUUUAAAUGUGCAGGCCAGGAAUAAGAUGAAAACGCAUAAGAUCCAAUCUCCAGAGAUUUCUACCGAGUUCUGCUGGCUAUGUAUUUGAUAUAUUUUAAAAGUACAAAAACAGUAAAGACAUUUAAUAUGUCAUCUAUGCUUGAAUUUGAAGCAGUGUUUUUUACCAGAAGAAUUCAUAUUAUCGUACUGUAAAGAAAAUAUUCAUUUGUAAAUAAAAUCCCAUUGUACAACGGUU